CAGUUGGGGUAGAGGUGCGCAAAGGCAUACAAUUCUUAGGCAAAAAUGUGAAAACUCUGUCGAACCUUGGACUCUCUGGAAGCGUUGUGGCAAUAAACGCGAAAAUCAAAUCGGACCUUUUCGACUGCCCUGUGGAAAAUCAUCAACUGUACGGGUACGUGUACCUUAUUGCACCCUGUAUCAUACUUUAUUUCGUUAAUCUGUUGGUGGUGGCGAAUAAGCUGAAUCCUCAUGGCUUCCUACAAACUAUAAAAGAAAAGCUGCAAAAGGAAACGAAAUUCACCGUAUUCCGCGAUGUGAUCUUACCCAGCGUUUCAAGGGCGCUCGCAGCACCUCUGGCAUGGCUGAUAAUAUCAUUUGCCCAAGGGGACUACUAUAUCUGCGCUACAAUCGGGCCUGGUCCUGAGAAGCGAUACAAUUUGAAUGAAGAUGAAAAACAAGAAUUGACCCUCAGGAUCGCCGAAUGCAAAAGCACAUCACAGAUCGUCGCGUGGUUUCUGCUCGGCGUGGCGGUUUUGUGGAUCUUCAAAGUAAAAGCUCUGAAGACCGAGGAUGAAGGUGAAUUGACUCAAAUGAAGAGUUUCCUUCUUUUGUUUUAACUUCUUAUCAUGAUUACGUAACUAAUAUAAAUCACCUCUUAAAACCUCUAAAAAAUAAUUGUUUCUGUUCAGCCUCUCUUUUCCCAA